UCCCGUCGGAGAUACAGCUGCAAAACUGCUAGAGCGGAUUGAAGGGGAUAGCGAAGCGGCGGUGGCGGCCAUCUUACAGACCGACCGUAUGCGCCUGGAUUGUUUUGAACCGUGCGACCCAGGAACGCAUCAGCAGCGAUCAGAAUUAACAACGACGUCCCUGUUUUUGUUGUGAUUUUCUUUUGAAAGGCGACAUGCAUCGUGGAAGAUAUAAACCUCCCGCAUCUAUAUUAGGGCUGGUCCUCGGACUAUUAUGCGUGGUACAAGCAGCUAAAGUCAAUAAGCAUAAACCUUGGAUUGAGACGACGUAUCACGGCAUCGUAACAGAAAACGAUGACAAAGUGCUCCUGGACCCUCCAUUGAUAGCACUGGAUAAAGAUGCGCCUCUCCGCUAUGCAGAGAGUUUUGAGGUGACCUUAACCAAAGAAGGUGAGAUUUGCGGCUUCAGGAUUCACGGGCAGAACGUUCCGUUCGAGGCCGUGGUACUGGACAAGUCCACCGGCGAGGGGGUCAUCCGGGCCAAGGACAAACUGGACUGCGAGCUGCAGAAGGAGCACACCUUCACCAUCCAGGCCUACGACUGCGGGGAGGGGCCCGACGAAGCCAACAUGAAGAAGUCCCACAAGGCCACCGUGCACAUCCAGGUGAACGACAUAAACGAGUACUCGCCAGUGUUCAAGGAGAAGUCAUACAAGGCCACGGUGAUGGAGGGCAAGAGCUACGACAGCAUCCUGAAGGUGGAGGCGGUGGACGCCGACUGCUCCUUCCAGUUCAGCCAGAUCUGCAGCUACGAGAUCGUCACUCCCGAUGUGCCCUUCACCAUCGACAAGGACGGCUACAUCAAGAACACAGAGAAGCUGAACUAUAGCAAAGAGCGCAUGUACAAGCUGACAGUGACGGCCUACGACUGCGGGAAGAACCGGGCCUCCGAGGACGUCCUCGUCAAGAUCAGCAUCAAGCCCACCUGCAAACCAGGCUGGCAAGGAUGGAGUAAGAGAAUGGAGUACGAGCCUGGCACAGGAAGCCUGGCCCUCUUUCCCAGCAUGCACCUGGAGACCUGCGACGAGCCUAUCACCUCCAUCCAGGCCAACAUCGAGCUAGAGACCAACCAUAUUGGAAAGGGCUGUGACAGAGACACAUAUUCUGAGAAAUCCCUGCACAUGCUGUGUGGUGCGAGCUCGGGCACGGUGGAGCUGCUGCCCGCCCCCAGCAGCACGGCGAACUGGACGUUGGGCCUGCCCACGGACAACGGCCACGACAGCGACCAGGUGUACGAGUUCAACGGCACCCAGGCCAUCAAGGUCCCCGAGGGCGUGGUCAGCACCAGCCUGAAGGAGCCCUUCACCGUCUCGGUGUGGAUGCGGCACGGCCCCGGGGCCCGGGAGAAGGAGACCAUACUCUGCAACUCCGACAGGACAGAGAUGAACCGACAUCACUACUCCCUCUACGUGCACAACUGCCGCCUCGUCUUCCUGCUGCGCCAGGACCCCUCUGAAUCUGAGAACUACAAGCCGGCCGAGUUCCACUGGAAACUGGACCAGGUGUGUGACAAAGAGUGGCAUCACUACGUGCUGAACGUCGAGUUCCCCUCUGUGGCGCUGUUUGUGGACGGCGUCUCCUUCGACCCCUUCCUGGUCACAGAGGACUACCCGCUGCACGCCUCCAAAAUUGAGACACAGCUCACGAUCGGCGCUUGCUGGCAAGACAAUGCAGGACAUGACAGUGACAAUGAGACAGUCUCAGAGACUUUGACAGGGGGCGGCGCGUACAUGUCGCAGUAUUUCCGCGGCAACCUGGCCGGCCUGAUGAUCCGCUCCGGGAAGCUGGAAAACAAGAAGGUGAUCGACUGCCUGUACACCUGCAAGGAGGGCCUGGACCUGCAGCUCCCGGAGGAAGUGGGCACAGCCAUUAAGGUGCAGUUUAACCCCAGCCAGUCCUCUCUGACCCUGGAGGGUGACGACAUCGAGAGCUUCGACAAGGUCAUGCAGCACGUCUCCUACCUCAACUCCAGACAGUUCCCCACGCCGGGCAUCCGCCGCCUCCACAUCACCACCACCGUCAAGUGCUUCAACGAGGAGUCGUGCAUCUCGGUGCCGGAGGCGGAGGGAUACGUGAUGGUGCUGCAGCCCGAGGAGCCCAAGAUCAGCCUGAGCGGCAUUGACCACUUCGCCCGAGGCGCCCCCGAGUUUGAGAGCCCCGAGGGUGUGACCCUCUUCCCCGAGCUUCGCAUUGUUAGCACCAUCACCCGCGAGGUGGAGGCCGAGGGCGAGAGCGAGGACGACCCCACAGCGCAAGAGUCGGUGGUGUCGGAGGAGGUCAUGCACAACCUGGACACGUGCGAGGUGACGGUGGUGGGGGAGGAGCUCGAUGGCCAGCGUGAGAGCCUGGAGGUGGACCUGGCCCAGAUCCAGCAGCGCGGCCUGGAGAUGAGCUCUUCCAACCUGGGCCUCAUCAUCACAGGUGUCAACACAAUGGCCACCUACGAAGAGGUUCUGCACCUGAUCCGCUACAGGAACUGGCACACAGAGGCCCUCUUUGACAGGAAGUUCAAGCUGGUGUGCUCCGAGCUCAACGGCCGCUACAUUAGCAACAACUUCAAGGUUGAGGUCAAUGUGAUCCACACAGCCAACCCCAUGGAGCACGCUAACAACGCCAUGGUGCAGCCUCAGUUUAUCAGCCCUGUGCACCACGCCUCCAUGGACCUGUCCGGACACAACCUGGCCAACGCUCACCAGGCCUCAGUGGUCCCCAGUGCUGCCACCAUCGUCAUCGUGGUGUGCGUCAGCUUCCUGGUGUUCAUGAUCAUCCUGGGUGUGUUCCGGAUCCGCGCCGCCCACCAGCGCUCCAUGAGGGACCAGGAGAACGGCAAGGAGAACGAGAUGGACUGGGACGACUCCGCCCUCACCAUCACCGUCAACCCCAUGGAGACGUAUGAGGACCAGCACAGCAGCGAGGAAGAGGAGGAGGAGGAGAGCGAGGACGGUGAGGAGGAGGACGACAUCACGAGCGCUGAAUCGGAGAGCAGCGAGGAUGAAGAGGGUGCCGAGGCCGAGGGUCGGCAGGCAGCCAGCAGGCAGCAGCAGCUGGAGUGGGACGACUCGACGCUCACCUACUGACACGCCCCCAACCCCCCGCACCCCCACCCACCCACUGCUAAGCGCUAAUAGCACACACACACACAC